AUGCACCUUUCCAGCCAGUUGCCCACCCUCACCUUCUCUUUGGGAGCGAACGUGAACUUAAAAACAAAUAACCAGGAUGAGGAGACCCCCCUGCACACCGCUGCGCGCUUGGGGAUCCCGCAGCUCGUGGCCUUUUACGUGGAACAAGGGGCGCACGUCGAUGCUCUCAAUGCCUACAUGGAGACCCCCUUGGCCUGUGCGGCCUACUGGGCCCUUCACUACAAGGAUCAGAUCUACAGCCCCGACCACCACCUCGUCUGCCGGAUGCUCUUGGACUACAAAGCUGAAGUGAACGCCCGCGACGAGGACUUCAAAUCCCCGCUCCACAAAGCUGCCUGGAACUGUGACCACGUCCUGCUGCACAUGCUGCUGGAGGCGGGAGCAGAAGCCAACAUCAUGGACGUCAACGGCUGUGCCCCCUUGCAGUACAUCAUUAAAGUGACGCCUGUGCGGCCAGCGGCCCAGCCCGACGUCUGCUACCAGCUGCUGCUGAAUCACGGAGCCGCUCGGAUAUACCCUCUGCAGUUCCACAAGGUGCUACAAGCCUGUCAUUCCUACCCCAGAGCUGUGGAGGUUGUCGUCAAUACCUACGAACACAUCAAGUCAACGUCCAAGUGGAAAGCAGCCAUCCCUGACGACGUCUUUGAGCGGCACCAGGAAUUCUAUGACUCUCUGUUCACCGUCUGCAGCAAUUCCCCGCGCUCACUCAUGCACUUAUGCAGAUGUGCCAUCCGCGCGAUACUCUCCGAAAGGUGCCACCGAGGGGUCCCCUUGCUCUCCAUCCCCCCCUCCAUGAAGAAGUACUUGCUGCUGGAGCCAGAAGGAAUCAUCUACUGA